AAGAAGAGCUGAUAGGUUUGGGAAAACAGACUUGGAUGAUGCAGCGCAGGUGUGCAGUAAGAACCACUAGAAAUAAAGAGAGAAAAGGAAUGAAACCGUGCCUACAGAGGAUUACUUGGAAACACAGGAAAACACAAAGGAAACCAGUCAAGGCACGAUCAUGAGAACAUCUACACUAUACAGACAGGUUGUCUAUCCUUGCAACAACACCAAAUACAAGGACUUGUUGGUUGGCACUAACAUUGGCUGAGGCCUUUUGGACAUGGUUUGGCCUUUUGGUCUUUCAACUUCUCAAGCAAGAGGCAGAAGGCAUGAAGGACUGCAGAUUUUGACACUGCGAGAGCUCUUUGGUUCCAACAAAUCAUCAGCACCCAGAGAAAAUCCAUGUCGGCCCAGGGAGAACAUGGAAACUACGCAGAAGCGGACCCAGAACCCACCUGCUGUGAGGCGACAGUGCAGUCAUUUUAGGAGGGGGAGGAGAGCAAGUGAGUGCAGUUUGAGUUGUGCUCUGCGCUCUAUGCCAGCCAGAGGUGUGUUUCGGCUCCACUCUCUGUAUCUCUGGGUAGCAGCGCCCCACCAUGCAGCCAGCUUGAGUGCCAUGUCUAACAGCUGUGUUGGCAAAGGGUUACAGCUCAUCUGAAGGGAAGGUAGCAUCUUGCUUUGAGGAGGACAGAAGAUAAAAGAAGACUGACCAGUUGCAGAGAGAGGGGGGAUAGAACUGACAGCAACCCCCCCCCCUCACCUCACUAAACAGAGCAAAAACGGAAGGCUUUGGAGUAUUCAAUUUUUUCUUUCGUUUUAUAUUUUUCUUAUUCCUCAUCGCGGUGCUGGGAGGUGCUUCAUCUUUUCAUAUAGUCUCUCUCUCCAUCAUUUGCCUCCUCAUCUAUUUCUCCAUCUAUUUGGUGUAUAAUUUCCUCUAUUUAUGAGUUAGAGAAAAUAGAAAAGGAGGGAGGAGUUUUGUUUUUUAUUCUUGUCCUUUAAUUCCUCCUCUCCACUCUUCCCUCCCUUUUGCCAAACCAUAUCAUACCUGUCCUCCUUGCUAUUUCAUUUCUAACUACUGUCAUCAUUUCACCAUUCCCCAUCCUAUGCCUCUUUCUGUCUGAUGUUAUAUGAACUUGGACGAUUUUUUUCAAAGACAACUAAAAAAAACUCCUCAUGAAUGACUCUUUUUUUUUCCCUUUUCCUUCUCUUUUGGUCCCUCCACACAAUUUUCUUUGCAUCACACUCUUCUGGGAUUCUUAAAUGUUACUCUAGAUUGAGACUGGAAAGAGUGCAGAGUGGGCCGGCAAACUGAUGAUCAUGACUGGUUGAAGCGAGCAAAGGCAAGGCGGUGAAAGAAAGCCAAAGAAGAAAGAAGAAGAGGAGGGAAGAAGAAGAAGAGGAAUACACACAAACACACACACACACACACGUUGCUGCUCAUCUCCACGGCAACUGUGUUCACACACUCGCAGACUUCUGGGAGGAGACCUCUGCGAGCUGCAUCACCAGCGUUGGAGGAAGGGGAAAGAGAAUCGGAUGGAAAGAGACGAAUGAAAGAACGCUCCCUCAUCUCUCACCAUCUAUUGUUAUUUAGUUUGUUCUCCUGAGUUCACACAUACACAGACAACUUUUAAAUUACUCUAAGAUCUGAGUCAAAAGCAUAUGUCUUUCACGUUAGAGCUGCUGCUCUGCAGAUUCUUUGUCUUUUUUACAUGUAAAAUCAUUGUUUCUAAGCAAUCCACUGGUUUGCACUGAUUUAAUUUUAAUGAAUGAUUUCAUUUCAACUAUUGCAAAUUUUGUACAUAUUAUUACAUUUUAAAAACUGUUGCACUCCAACACACUGAUAACACCCGAGCAUUGCCCACCUGUCCCCUCAUCCAACCUGAAGCCACUUAUCCCUUCGCCCCACCUCAGUCUUCUGCCUGCGACUUCGUCUGUCUACCAUCCCUUCAUCCGAGGCUAUGAGAGGAGGAGUCGAAUCCCAGAUCACUCCAUCAUGCCAGUUCUGAAGAGCAGAGAGGAGAUCCGGGCUGGCAAUGUUCAAGGGACGCCAUUUACACUCCUCCACAAUGCUUGUCAGCCUCCACCCUCCUCCCUCCCGUCUUCAGGACAAGUUCGUCUUCCCCUCCUCCUUCGUCCAACAUCCUCCUCCUCCUCCGCACCAGCCCUCUCAUCAUCUUCACUCUCAUCCUCGACUGACCCUGCCCUUCCUCUCCUUGUCCUUUUCUCUGCUCCUCUUCUCCAUACUCCUCUUGCCCGUCUGCGAGUCUCGCAGAGGUGGAGGUCCAGGCACAGGGCCUGGAGGUGUCCCAGGAGGACAAGGUGGUCAGAGGGGAGGUGGCACCCAGAGAGGUGUUGCCAUUCCUCCUCAGUACUCUCCUGGCUUACCGGCUCUUCCCCCAAUCAGUCCCAAACUGAUCAACUCACUCAGUAUCGCUGUCAUCCUGGUGGGCAACUCUAGUGAAGUCACCCUGGGAGUUGGACUUGAGAAAGAGGACUUCCUCCACAUCCCUUACCCUCCAAAAGUUGAGGUGGUCACAAUGAACGAGACCGACCCCAAGAGCAUCAUCAAUCGGAUCUGCGGACAAAUGACAAGGAACUCUCUGCAAGGCGUAGUGUUUGGUGAUGACACGGACCAGGAGGCCAUUGCUCAGAUCCUGGACUUCAUCUCCGCCCAGACACACAUCCCCAUCCUGGGCAUCAGAGGAGGCUCCUCCAUGGUCAUGGCUGCCAAGGACGACCACUCCAUGUUUUUCCAGUUUGGCCCCUCUAUCGAACAGCAGGCCUCCGUCAUGUUGAACAUCAUGGAGGAGUAUGACUGGUACAUCUUCUCCAUAGUCACCACAUAUUACCCUGGCUACCAGGACUUUGUCAAUAAGAUUCGUAGUACCAUCGAGAACAGCUUUGUGGGCUGGGAGCUAGAAGAAGUACUCCUACUGGAUAUGUCAGUGGAUGACGGAGACUCCAAGAUCCAGAAUCAGCUAAAGAAACUGCAGAGUCCUGUCAUUCUGCUCUACUGCACAAAGGAGGAGGCUACCACUAUCUUCGAGGUGGCUCAUUCUGUGGGCCUCACAGGUUAUGGCUUCACCUGGAUUGUGCCAUCGCUGGUGGCUGGAGAUGCAGACAAUGUCCCCUCUGUCUUCCCUACAGGGCUUAUCUCGGUUUCUUAUGACGAAUGGGACUACAACAUCGAGGCCAGGGUACGUGAUGCAGUGGCUGUCAUUGCCACAGCGACCUCCACCAUGAUGCUGGACCGAGGGCCACACACCCUGCUGAAGUCGAGCUGCCUCGGGACACUUGACAAAAAGAGCUCCAACACCGGCCACUCCAAGGAAAUUCUGAAGUACCUCAUGAAUGUGACGUUUGAAGGACGAAACCUUUCAUUUAGCGAAGAGGGUCACCAGAUGUUCCCCAAGCUGGUCAUCAUUCUUCUGGAUAAGGACAGACAAUGGGAUAGGGUUGGCAAGUGGGAGAGAGGUUCUUUGACGAUGAGGUACCAUGUGUGGCCUCGCUUUGAGCUGUACUCAGGAGCGGAGGAGCGGGACGACCACCUGUCCAUCGUGACUCUGGAGGAGGCGCCGUUUGUCAUUGUGGAGGACGUGGACCCGCUCAGCGGCACCUGCAUGAGGAACACUGUGCCGUGCCGCAAACAGCUCAAACUCAGCAACCAGACAGGUGAUUCAGGGAUUUACAUCAAACGCUGCUGCAAAGGUUUCUGCAUUGACAUCCUGAAGAAGAUUGCCAAGACGGUCAAGUUCACUUACGACCUUUAUUUGGUCACCAACGGCAAACACGGCAAGAAAGUUAAUGGGACAUGGAAUGGCAUGGUUGGAGAGGUGGUGUUGAAAAAUGCCCACAUGGCCGUGGGUUCACUCACCAUCAACGAGGAGAGGUCAGAGGUCAUUGAUUUCUCUGUGCCCUUCAUCGAGACGGGGAUCAGUGUCAUGGUCUCCCGUAGCAACGGAACCGUCUCCCCCUCCGCCUUUCUUGAGCCCUUCAGUGCUGACGUCUGGGUGAUGAUGUUUGUGAUGUUGCUGAUCGUGUCGGCCGUUGCUGUGUUUGUGUUUGAGUACUUCAGUCCGGUGGGUUACAAUCGCUGUCUGGCAGAUGGGAGAGAGCCCGGCGGACCCUCCUUCACCAUCGGUAAGGCCAUCUGGCUGCUUUGGGGUCUGGUUUUCAACAACUCUGUCCCCGUGCAGAAUCCCAAAGGUACCACCAGUAAGAUCAUGGUGUCAGUGUGGGCCUUUUUCGCUGUCAUCUUCCUGGCCUCCUACACUGCCAACCUGGCUGCCUUCAUGAUCCAGGAGGAGUAUGUCGACCAGGUGUCGGGCCUGUCAGACAAAAAGUUCCAGAAGCCUAACGAAUUCUCACCACCAUUCCGGUUUGGCACGGUGCCCAAUGGGAGUACAGAGCGCAACAUCCGCAACAACUACCGGGACAUGCAUACUUACAUGACCAGCUUCCACCAGAAGAAUGUAGAUGAAGCUCUGUACAGUCUGAAGACCGGCAAGCUGGAUGCCUUCAUCUAUGACGCUGCAGUGCUGAACUACAUGGCGGGGAGAGACGAGGGCUGUAAGCUGGUCACCAUCGGUAGCGGCAAGGUGUUCGCCACCACCGGCUACGGCAUCGCCAUCCAGAAAGAGUCAGGCUGGAAACGAGCUGUGGAUCUGGCCAUCCUCAUGCUGUUUGGAGAUGGUGAGAUGGAGGAGUUGGAGGCCCUGUGGCUGACUGGCAUCUGCCACAAUGAGAAGAAUGAGGUGAUGAGCAGUCAGCUGGACGUGGACAACAUGGCGGGAGUCUUCUACAUGCUCGGGGCCGCUAUGGUUCUGUCAUUAAUCACCUUCAUCUGUGAGCAUUUGUUCUACUGGCAGCUGCGCUUCUGCUUCAUGGGCGUGUGCUCAGGAAAGCCAGGGGUCACCUUCUCCAUUAGUAGGGGUAUCUACAGCUGCAUCCAUGGGGUACAAAUCGAGGAAAACAAGUCAACCAUAGACUCACCCUCAGCCACCAUGAAGAAGAACAUGAACAACACCCACUCCAACAUCCUGCGGUUGCUCCGCACUGCCAAGGACAUGACCGCUGUCCCGGGCAUUAAUGGCUCUCCUCACGCUGCCCUGGAGUAUAGCCACAGCGGUCGUGACUCGGCUAUCUAUGACAUCCAGGAGCACCGGCGCAGCUUGGUGGGUCACCCUGUGGACUGCAAGACAGCGCCGCCCUACCUGCCAGGGGAGGACAACAUGUUCAGUGAUUACAUCAGCGAGGUGGAGAGGACUUUUGGCAACUUGCCCUUGAAGGACAGCAACCUAUACCAGGACCAUUACCUGCACCACCACCCGGCUUCGGCUCUGGGUAUGUCCGGCCCCCCACCUAAUAGGCCACGUAGCUUAGGCAGCACUAGCUCGUUGGAAGGGGGCAUGUUCGAUUGUGACAGUUUAGGGGGAGGGGUAGCACCCAUCUUCACCACCCAGCCCCGCCCCUCCAUGACUCACAGGAAUACCAAUAAAUUUGACCUGAUUGCUGGCCACACCCCUGCGGAUUCCAACCAGGGUGGGUUCAAGGGAAACAAUGUGUACGGGAGGUUUUCUUUCAAAGGAGGCGCAUCCAGCACGGGGCUCAUCGGGGGUCAUGACAGGUACUGUGGUGGGGGUGGGGGAGGCUCUGGGGGUGACGAUGGGAACAUUCGCUCUGAUGUUUCGGAUAUCUCCACUCACACUGUCACCUACGGCAACCUGGAGGGCAACAACAAGCGGCGUAAGCAGUACAGGGACAGCCUGAAAAAGAGGCCAGCCUCAGCCAAGUGCAGACGGGAGCAGGACGAGAUAGAACUGAGCGGCUUGAGAAGGAGACCCCACCACCACACCGUCCACCACCACUUCCCACACGGGCCCCAGGCACACCGCACGGUCUCACCUCCCCUGGAGCGGAAGAGAGGAGGAGGAGGGGGUAAUUCUUCACCUUACUUGUUCCGCAAAGACAAAGAGAACCUGAGGGAUUUCUAUGCGGACCAGUUCCGCUCCAAGGAGGGCAAGGCCAAGUGGGAGCAAGAGGGUGGAAGUGGAGGAAGUGGUGUGGGCGGUGGUAGCGGUGGUGGUAUCUGUAAAAGCUUAGUACCUGUAGAAGACUUCCUCAAAGGUAAAGGCAAGAAGCCAGAGUGUAAAGGUGGACUUGGCUCAGUGACGGCAGGGCAGCAGGCCCACACCUGCUGGGAAAAGGGGGUUUCAGGGUUAGGAGGAGGAGGCAUAGCAGGAGGUGACUGGGAGUGUCGUAACUGCCACAGUGUGUGUCACCACGGUGGAGGCGUGGGAGGAGGUGGCACAUGCACACCUAGCGGAGUUGGGGGCACCAGCAGUCGCCCCAGCUCUGCUAGCUGCAAACGCUGUGACUCCUGUAAGAUCCAGCCAAGCAACCUUUACAACAUCAGCGAGGAUAAUAACAUGGUUUUCACUGGAGGGAAGAGUAAUGUAGGACCCAGCCAGACACAAACCCAGGCACAGCGCAGGAAGCUAGGGCCAGGUGGGAGGGUGUUACGGAGGCAACACUCAUAUGACACAUUUGUGGAUCUGCAGAGGGAGGGGGCAGGUCGCAUGGGAGGGCUUGGUGGGGGCAUCGGUGGUCAGUUUGCCCAGCCCCGAAGCGUGAGCUUGAAAGACAAAGACCGCUUCAUGGAGGGCCCCAGCCCUUACGCUCACAUGUUUGAGAGGUAUGCGGGUGAAAGGGAGUCUUCCAUGUUUGGAGGAAUAGGCGGGGAUAGGGCAAAAGGAGGCUCCUCCUUCAGUUUGUUCCGUGGAGGCGAAGGUGUGUUGCAUCAGCGGUCGGUGGGGGAGAGAGACCUGAGGGACAGAGAUAGAGCUAUGAUGGGAGGUGGGGGCUGUGGUGGUGGUGGUGGUGGUGGCAGAGGGGCCGGGACUUACUCCUUGUCUAAAUCUCUCUACCCAGAUAAGGUGAACCAGAACCCCUUCAUCCCAACCUUCGGCGACGACCAGUGUCUAUUACACGGUGCCAAACCGUACUACAUCAAAAAGCCACAGACGCCACAGCAGCAGCAGCAACAACUUCUCAACAACAACCGAGGAGGAGGGGAAUUCCGCAGCUCCAUGGGGGCGACUUCCUAUUUGCCCGCAUCCGCCACAGCUGGGGUGAUGUCCAAUGUGGCCCCCAGGUUCCCCAAAGAGCUAUGUCUGGGUGGGGUGGGAGGGCCCAUGGGGAACCACCACGGGGCCAGCAAGCUACUGCCCGGGGGCAGGGACACGUUAGGCUUGGGGCAGGGACAGAGACCCUUCAACGGUGCCAGCAAUGGACACGUUUAUGAAAAGCUCUCCAGCAUUGAAUCAGAUGUCUGAGGGUGAAGACAGAGGCAGAAAGAGAGAGAGCGAGAGAGGAGAUGAAGUGGGUGAAGGAAAAAGGGUGAGAGAGAGAAACAUACAGAGGAAGAAAGAGAAACUGCACAGACUGAUGACCUCUCUGUGUGAAGAGAAUGAGAAGAUACGAUACUGUGUGUGGUGUUCUCACUCCACUGAAUGGAAAGAGUUUGGACGAUGCACGGAGGCCAUUGCAGGCUAAGCUGUGGUGAAGUCCAAUGGGAGACAAGUUUUGAAUGAGAAGAGAGGAUUCCGGUGCUGCUCCGACGCUCAGAGAAAGAGAGGGAUGGAGGGAGGGAGGGAUAGAUGGGUGAGGGGGGGAAAGUGAAAUAAAAUCUCCAGUCUCUGCUCUCUUCACGUGCUCAUUGUCUUUCCCUCCCUCCUGCCGUUCUUUAACACCAAAACAAACAUUUUGUUUAGCAACGGAAAUACAAUCAUGAAUGAGAAAUCAACACUUCUGUUGAAGUAACAGGGUAAACUAAUAAUAAUUGUAUUGAUAAUGUUGAUAAUAUUAUUGAAUAUUAUUCCAGUGUUUAAUGAUGAUCGGUUUGGAUUGUUUUUAAAUUUUAUUUAUUUAAAUAGUUCAUGUUACAUAUUUGUAUGAUGUUAAUUCUUUCUUAGCUUACCAAUAUUACAGGAGACUGGUAGACCAGUUGUCAGUAUGGAUCUGUUAUGGGUUCCUGUAAGUUGGACUCUUCUUUGCUGUUUAAUCUUCAUGUUUGAUUUUUUUUUUUUAAUACUUUUCUUACUUCUGAGUGCUGUGAAGUGUAUGUGAAAGGCAUGACUUGAUGAGUACAUUCUAUGUACUUAUAAAUUUGCAAAGAAGGUCUUUUUUUCAGCUGCAGAAGCAACAUCAUCAUACUGAUUUGCCGUUUCCUCUCAUUUUUCUGCUUGGCAGUACCAAAUGGGUCUCACAUUUUGAGCUGGAUGUGCCUUAAUGGAUUUUCUACACAUAAGAUCUGUUUUGUUGGUAGACAGAUUUACCUGAAAAUGAUUAGUCAAUUGAUCCGAGGAUGAAAAUAUCGCUGAUAAAGUCUGAUAUGAGAGUUUCAUGAGCACAACAGACUUUUAGACAUUUAACAGAUAAUACAAAGCAAAACAUACAAAUUGCUGCAGUAGAGGAAGGUUAAAUUACUACAUAGAUCCCUUUCAGUAAAAGUAACCAAUAGCAGGAUUACAAGCACUAAAACCUCAGUGCCAUGAUAAAUAAACAUUGCUGUCCCCCUCAAAAGUCAGGUACGAAAGAGUCGUGCCUCUGUACUUGAAGAAAUAUGGUUUAGAAACAAAUUUUUAAGCUUCUUCUUGUACUAUUAACUCCUCAAUUAAUCUAAGUGCAAGUCAGUAUCCUUUAAAUCAUUUACUAAGAAGCUCAACAAGCUUAAUCACUCCUAAACUCCUCAAACCCUGCUGUUUUUGCAGAUGACCCAACAACCAACUGUCCAUUAAAUACACGUAAAUCACAUUUAAUGUGCGCUUGUUGCGCUCGUUGUGUUUCAUUGGGUCCUACUCAAUUGGCCGUGACAGUUUUGCUGUUCAGGACAGGGACAUAAUGGACUCUCAGAGUGAGGCCUCUGUUGCUGGGAUGAGCAGCCUGGCACGUUAAUUAUUUCAUGAUUAUGGCUAUAAGCCCUGCCUGCUGAAUUAGAUGGUUACAUUUGAAUGAGGGGAGGAAUCCAAAGUGUUGAACACUUUCACUCUGCUGGUGUACAGGACCUCAGCAGGCUCAUGAUUUUUAAUCAUGCUAGUACCCAGUUUCAUACUGUCACGAUUUAGAGGGUAACUUACCAGACUCUCACCUUUAUAACAUGUCUUUUGAUUUCAUUAAGCGCUUAAAGCUAAGAAGUGGGGUAAAUAGUACAAAAACCUUGUACUCAAUGUACAGCUACUAAAUAGUGUUCCCCUGUGAUUUCAAGGAUUAGUUUGACAGUUUUGCAAUAUACUUAUUUGCUUCCUUUCCAAGAAAGAAGAUGACACCACUUUCCGUGAGUAUGAAGCUACAGCCAGCAGCCCGUUAGCACAUUAAUUAACACUAACUCAUUAAUUCACGUUAUGUUAUGUUUGCUUCUAAUUUUUAUUCUUCAGUUGAUGUAUAGAUGAAACAAACAAGACAUAAUGGGUGAAUCAGUGAGUUUUAGAGGGGAGCUAAGCAAAACUAACUGACUGGUGGAUCCAGCUUUAUAUUUAACACAGAUAUGAGAGUUGUGUCAAUGUUCUCAUCUGUCUUUGAAAGAACCACAUUUGCCAAAAUGUCAAACUGUUCCUUUAAGCUAUUUUCUUACAGUCAAGAGAGCCAUGAUGACAAUAUAAAUCUAUCCCUGCG